GGGUGCCACACCUAUUCAAACAAACAGUUCAGAUUUUCCUGAUAUACACACACUAUACAGUGGAUAAUAAUUACGAUCGAUACUAAAUAACUUUCAGGUAACGCGAGAUGUUUUAACAAUAACACUUAGGCUGUAUCACCCGUUAUAACACGAAGUCCGGCUAUCUUGUGAAACCGACUGUUGUCCCCCGUGUCCGUAUAGUAACUAACACAAGCGUGACUGUACAAUCAAAUAAAUACGUACAAUCAGGUGAUACAAUCCAAAGGACUCCCGAAUCAGGCAGAAGAUACGCACGAAAGUUAAGCAUAAUAAAUCGUCCAUAAAGUGUGACUAUGAAGUUGAUGUUGAUCUUUAUCCUGCUGCCAAUGGCUGCCAUGGCAGAGAUCAUGGACACGGGUUGCGAAAGUUCGAAGGCAUGUUUCAUGAAACCAGACGGGUGCACAUUAGGCACUGAUUGUACAUAUUUUAUGUCAUACGCCGACAAUGGUGUAGAUGGUGUAGACUUCGAAAUAUGGGCUGAUUUGUCUUCUACUGGCGGUGUUGGAUGGGCUGCUGUGGGAAUCUCGACUGACACAGUUAUGGGAGACGAUGGUGUUCUUAUGUGUCGUAACCCUGACAAUGACAAUGCAGCGGAUGUCACUAAUUCCGUCAACGUUGGAGAAUUGAACUCAAUAACAGAUACGAGCGGCAUAAGCAACGCAUCUGUUAGCGUAGUGAGCCAAAUGAUGGAGUGCACCUUCACAAGUGUCUAUACUAUAGAUGGAGAGACUACGAACUUUGAUCUAGGAGGCGCUACAUCAUAUUACCUCUUUAUGGGUACCGGUGAUAUUACUUCAGGCGUGGAGCUCGAACACAGUGUCAUUCCCUGGGUAUCCAGUGAGGUAGUUGACAUCGGCAGUGUAAACAAUUUGAUUGCUACCGAGGGCGAAUCUGAUUCCCAUGUCGAUGAUGGCGCCACAACUUCGAUACCAGCUGUAACAUUGGUUCUUGCUGUAUGCAGUCUUGUGAUGGCGCUGUUUCACUAAUUCCUCAAAGGAGACCACAUACUGGCUACUCGUUCCGAACACAAUAGUAUACCAUUCUCUGCACGAAUGCUGUCUUUAGAUUGCCUACUCUGUCUUUGUUAACUGUUACCACAUGAUACAAUAUAGUAAUUCGACAUACAACUCAUAUAAGUGCUCGUCGCUGACAAAAAACUUAUAAUGUACUUGUCUUAGAAUAAUGUGUCGGUCAUAUAACCAUAAACAAACUCUUUUUUAUGAGCUGUUCAAUAAUUCCAUAUGCGAACGCUUUUCGGAUAACACAGGGAGUUGGAGUAAAUUAUGUGAAUUGUUAGUAGUAAAUCUGAAAAAUUAAAUUGUACCAGUCUUAUCUUUUCUACUCAUGGAUAUAUUUCACGAUUGUUUAAUUGGGAUUAGAAGUUGCGUAAUGUCAACAAUUGUAAACCGAUGACGUAAUGAAUGUACCACCGCAAAGAUCGCUUACAUGAGUUCAGUUACAUGAAAUGAAGUAAAAAGUAUGAUUUUUUUUAUUCCAACUCCCUGUGCAUUUUCCGUACUUUCUAUGUGUAUAUAAUCAUUAGCAAAAUAUUUUACAAUCUUUUUAUUUUCAUAAAAAGAUAAUAUGACCCAUAAUGCACCACGAGAUAUGGUCAUCUUGGCGAAGACAUUGCGUCAGACAUUUGAAGAUUGUCAGAUUUGAAUAUUUGUCUAAUGUGUAAAUAUUUGGGUUAAUAUUUUGUAUAACACGUAUUUUUGAAGGCAUCGCCAGGAAAAACAGGGUAUUCGUUGAAAUAUAAGUACGUGAUAUAAUUUUCACGCUAUAGGUAGAUAUUGUCGAUAUUUACGAUAUUGUUUUCAUCACAUCCAUCAUGUCGGAACAGUCAUGUUCAUGCAUAUCCUUAAAUUUCAUUAUUACAGUAUACUAUGAUGCGAUAGCUCGAUAUGUGAAUAUAUUACAAUAAUAGCUGUAAAUUCUUCUGCAUUUUGUAUCAGUUUUUCGUCAUUUUCUACAAUAAAUCAACAUUUUUUAGGG